UUCUUAUUUAUUAUUGAAUAGUAGCCUCUUUAAAAUGUUCUGCAGAUGGCUGUGUUUCACUUCUUGCCACCUAAUAGCAGAGGAAGAAAUGCACAACAACAUGAAUUUGGGAAAGCAGUGUGACACUUGGCUCCCUAGGACUCCUGCAAACAGUAAAUUAUCCACACAAUUGUGGCUGACACUCCAGAAGCUGCAGCUUUUCUGGUAUCUGCAAAAACUUUAUCCUAUCUGGUUCUUAUUUUCUGGAGAUGCCCUUUUUGAAUUUUGUUAAUGUACCCCAGAGGGGAUCAUGGAAGUUACAGGCUGGCUGCUGGCUAGCUUGGGAAUGCCGGUGGAAAGCAUUAUUAAAGGUAGAAUGACGUCCUUUGUUAACCUAAUCAUACCAAUAUUUGGGCAUUACAUUUGGAAAAGAACUCUCCCCUCCUUUUAAAAGCAACUCCACAAUACAACCAUUUGCUGAUGUGGCAGCUCUGGAGAAUUAAGCUAUGGGACGCUGCAGCUCAAGGGCAAAUCCAGGAGGGCAAUUGCGUUUACAGUAAUAUUGGCAGAGCUUUAUUCACAUUCAAGGAAGAUGCCACGGUAGAGUUUAUUGAUCCAGUAAAAGCAUGCAAUGUGUUUCUGCUUCACCUGUUUUCUGUCAGCACCCAUCGCCUGACUAUUCACCUGUGGCUUGUACAAUGCCCUUUGUAUCUAGCAAUCAGCUAAAACACUUUAUCCCUCAGCAGAAAACCAUGCCAAGAAAAUAAAGCCUGCGGGGAUCCUUUUGUUGCCAUGUCACCUCCAAGCCCUUUUGCAAGUGUCUGUCACAUGAGGGUUUAGAAAUGUCUUAAGAGGACCAUCACGUGCUUUAGAAAUAACAAAUAUAUAAGCUGCAGUUCCCGAAGUCUCUGCAGAAUAAAAGCUGGAAGCGCACCAGGAGUCCCUACAGCCCUCACUAUCUGCUCUCUUCUUUCUGGCAGCAAAUCUGCAAGAACCUCAGUCUUGUCUCCAGAGAGGGCCACACAUUGGAAUCCUGAAAGAAAACUUAAUGCAUAGGUAUUUUCAGCUGCUGGCUGACUGCUCUGGAGGUGGUGGACUGAAAUAGCAGCGCGGCUACUCCAAAAGCGGGCAGAGCAUUUACAGAAGGCACAGGAAUAAACUAGAGAAGAUGUCUGUGAUCAGCGCCCUGCCGUUUCUCAAGCCCAUCCACCUCAAACCUCCGCGGAGCUCCCCUGGGCGCCAACGCAGGCACACUCUGCCCGCCAGCGAGUUCCGGUGCCUCACCCCCGAGGAUGCCAUCAGUGUGUUCGAAAUAGAGAGAGAAGCAUUCAUUUCGGUGUCGGGAGACUGCCCCCUCCACCUGGAUGAGAUUCGCCACUUUCUGAACUUGUGUCCGGAGCUGUCGCUCGGCUGGUUUGAAGAAGGCCGGCUUGUUGCUUUCAUUAUUGGCUCUCUCUGGGAUCAGGAACGACUCAGCCAGGAUGCUCUGACCCUGCACAAGCCUCAUGGAUCCACAGUCCAUAUCCAUGUUCUGGCAGUCCACCGUACCUUCCGCCAGCAAGGCAAGGGCUCCAUCUUGAUGUGGCGCUACCUGCAGUACCUGUGCUGCCUGCCGUACGUGCGUCGAGCCACACUGAUGUGUGAGGAUUUUCUCGUCCCCUUCUACUCCAAGUGUGGCUUCAAGGCAUUGGGCCCCUGUGAGAUCACGGUGGGCUCUCUGACCUUCAUCGAGAUGGACUAUGCCGUUCGUGGCCAUGCCUUCAUGCGCAGAAACAGUGGUUGCUGAGGAGGUGCCUCCCAUUUCCAUCCACAUCUGGCUGGUGUUCUUGGAGGCAAAGAAGCCCAGUUUCCCAAUGAUUCCCACCAAUGGGUCAGGGGAGUCUGAUGGGUGGGUCACAAAGUUGCCAAGUUCUCUUCUCUGGGAUAAGGAACUUCCACAUCAGUGGUGAAUUAGGCAAGUGAGCCUACACACACAUAUUAAAGUUACUGAUGGGUCCCUUUUUAAGAAGUUUGAGAACCACUGCAAUACGCAGAUUGAUAUGUUAACCCAAGCAACUCCUAUCAUAGCCAUUGCUGCAAAGGCAACACAGAUUUUAAUGCGUAGUAGCGUUUUAGUAGCCAGUAAUAGGUGUCGUAGCAUUGUAACCUCACAACUGCCUUUCAAACUGGUAGCUAAAAUGCACCCCAGUUGUCUUCUCAUUUGUGUCUUAGCUGAAUUUGCGCCCUGCAGCAGUGACCAUUGUAUACAUGGGGCAAUGAAAGGCAGUAACUGCUCUUUCCUCAAUUUAGCUAUGAAGAUGACAACAGCAUGACAUGGUGGUGAAGUUGUAGCCGCUAAGCAUUAUUCCCAUCAACUAAGGGAGCAACUAAGUGACUGUUGUUGCCAGUACACUAUAGGUCUGCAGGUUAGAAUUUGGCAACUUUCAGAGUAACCAGACUGUCAACCAGGGCCCCAGCUGCCUUUCUGCCUUAUGACAUUGGUGGUUACCAUCACCCAUCAAAAUGGUUGUAAGAAGACAAAUGCUGCAUCUAUAACUAUGAAGCAAGUCACAAUAUUGGCAUAUACAAAUGCUUCCAGAAAUCAAGCUUUCUGUUCUCAAAAGUGUGGUUUCUGUUGUAGCAGACUGCAUGCUAUUUUUGGAAUUAAUAGAGCAAUUAGGAAAAACAUUACUUGAGAAGUAGAAUCAUUCAGUUACAUCUGCCAUUUUGUAGAAUUACUGUUUGCCUUUGGAAAGGAGCAGCCGUCGCAGAUGAAAUUGUUGUCUCUUUGCUUGCAGUGGAGAAACUCCAUGUCUUCUUGCACUGGCUGCUCUGUUGUUGUGAAAUGCAUGGAAUCUGUGCUUGUAUAUUCUGUAAAAAUAUGUAUAUAAAUGUGGUCUAUGUGCUAAAA